CGUGUACCACGAGGAUGAGGCUGACGGCAGCGUUACGUUUGAUUCCUGAAAGGUGAUUGGCUAAGAGGUAACGUACGGCGUCAACCCGUAACAAAGAUGGCAGUAGGCGUUUUCCUGGUUUAAGAAAAGGCUGCUGUUCGUUGUCGUGACGGAGUGUGGCGCACUAGGAAAGGUUUCCAGGCAGAAGAGAAGGGGCGAGGAGGCCGGUGCCGUGGGAUGUCCGUCUUCCACGACGAAAUCGAGAUCGAGGACUUCGAGUACGAUGAAGAGACGGAGACCUACAGCUACCCCUGUCCCUGCGGGGACCGCUUCCUCGUCACGCGGGAAGAUCUUGAGAAUGGUGAAGAUGUGGCCACAUGUCCAAGUUGUUCGCUCAUAGUAAAAGUAAUCUAUGACAAGGAACAGUUCAUGUGUGGUGAAGAAAUCGCAGCACCCACAACAAACAAGGAGCUGGUUAAAUGCUGAUGGUCAUUUGAUAAACUUGGGUCUUCUUGCAAAAUGUGGCAAUAUUUAAACACAAGACUCAAGGACACUUAUUUGGAUGAGUCUGUUCUUACAGUAGUUGAAUUGCUUUUCAAUAAUUUCCUCUGCUCCCAUCAGAGAACUGAUGUGCCAAAGCCCAAGAAUCUUCUAAUAUUAAAGUUACAGCGUAAUAUUUCAAGUGUCAGAUUGAAAACAGAUACAAGCAUGUCAUGAAUAUUUUUCCAAAUGGAGCAUUCCUUGCAAAUCAUCACUGUUUAAAGACUCUUAGAUUUCACCUGGAAAUGUGCAGAAUAUGAACUAUGAGGUCUUAUAAUAAGACCAAGAAGAUUAUAUUCCAUACUGAUGUGCCGUAUUGUUGGUAUUGUAUUUACUGUAUUUCAUCGCAUAAUAGCAGCCAUUGUAUAAUAGUAACACACUCCCCUUUUUUUGAAGGGGAAGAAAGGGGGAAAAGUGUGACUUAUGCGAUGAAAUACAGGUAUAUUGAUUCACUUAUCCAUCUUUCUUGCACAGUGCCAACUUGUGUUGCCUAGGCAAUUCCAGUAGCUUAUUUUGACAUUGUAUAAUUUUAUUAUUUUGACAUUUGUGUUGUUGGGCUGUUGUGAGAAAAGGAAAGCUGAUGUAAUAUUUUCAAUAUGUCCGAUCUGGAUGGACUCUGAGGUUCAGAGGAAUUCAUUCCAGUGAGACUUUUCAGGAUGAAUGUUUGUACAGUCUCAUCUGCAUUAAUGUUUGUAUUAGAACUUUCACUCCAGUCUAUUUUUAGGAGUGCUAUAAUUUCACCCAGACAUCAUGUUCUCAAAUUAUUUAAUUGGCUACUCAGGUUUCAGUAUUUGACUUUUUAUGCACUAGUCAAUUCAACUCCAAUCAUUCAGACUUACAAUCAGAUUUUUAAUUUUCUAGACUUGGAAUUCAUGAAGAAAUGUAAACCUAUUUCAUUUUCAGGGAUCUUCCCUAUUAACUAGUAUUUAACACCAAUUGGUCGGCUUAAUUUGCUCUUGGACAGAAUGACAGCAUACGUUUACAUGAUUUUUGAGAUCUAGUACUGACCAACAGUUUAUUGUCAUUGAAAUGAUUAUUUUUUGUUUAAAUCCAUUUUUAAACAGUUAUUGGCCAACAAGAUGGCACCAAAAUAUGGGGUUCAUAUCGAUAUGUGUAGAACACUUGGAUUGCAACUAUUUAUUUUGCCUUUUAAAUUAAAAUGUGCAUUUUAAAACUCU